AUGCAGAGAUCGCCGCCCGGUUACGGCGCACAGGACGAGCCGCCCGCCCGCCGCGAUUGUGCAUGGGCCCCGGUUCCCGGGGCCGCCGCUGAGCCGCGCGGCCUCCCUGCCGCCACCGCCGCCGCUGCCGCGCCUGCCGCGCCCGCUGCCGCGCCUGCCGCGCCGUCCAGUCCGCCGCGAAGCCCCGAACCGGGGCGCUAUGGCCCCAGUCCGGCCAGUCGCGGGGAGCGCCAGGCGCCCGACGAGUCGCGCAUCCGGCGACCAAUGAACGCCUUCAUGGUGUGGGCAAAGGACGAGCGCAAGAGGUUGGCGCAGCAGAAUCCGGACCUGCAUAACGCGGUUCUCAGCAAGAUGCUGGGCAAAACAUGGAAGGAGCUCAGCGCGGCGGAGAAGCGACCCUUCGUGGAGGAGGCCGAGAGGCUGCGCGUGCAGCACCUGCGAGACCACCCCAACUACAAGUACCGUCCGCGCCGCAAGAAGCAGGCGCGCAAGGGUCGGCGGCUGGAGCCUGGCCUCCUGCUCCCUGGCCUGGCCCAGCCGCCCGAGCCCUUCCCCGCAGCAUCCGGUCCGGCCCGCGCCUUCCGAGAGCUGCCCCCGCUGGGCGCCGAGCUCGACGGCCUGGGGCUACCCACGCCCGAGCGCUCGCCGCUGGACGGCCUGGAGACCAGCGAGGCUGCCUUCUUCCCACCGCCGCCCGAGGACUGCGCGCUGCGGCCCUUCCGCGCGCCCUACGUUCCAGCCGAGCUGCCCCGGGACUUGGGCGGCUGCUAUGGGGCGCCUCUGACUGAGGCGCUGCGGACCGCGCCGCCUCCCGCUGGCCUCUAUUAUGGCGCGCUGGGCGCACCCUGCCCGGCCCCGUAUCCUGGGCCGCUGUCCCCACCGCCUGAGGCCCCGCCGCUGGAGGGCGCCGCCGAGCCACUAGGGUCCGGCGCCGAGCUGUGGGCCGACGUGGACCUCACCGAGUUCGACCAGUACCUCAACUGCAGCCGGACUCGACCUGACGCCGCCGUACUCCCAUACCACGUGGCGCUGGCCAAGCUGGGCCCGCGCGCCAUGUCCUGCCCCGAGGAGAGCAGUCUGAUCUCAGCUCUGUCCGACGCCAGCAGCGCUGUUUACUACAGCGCCUGCAUCUCGGGCUAG